AUGAGUCGCCCACCCCUGGGUUCCCCCCGAUCCGUGACAACGGAUGGAGUGGGCGGAGAUAAUCAACAUCUUCCGCGCGGUGAUGCUCCGAUUCGGCGUAGGAGGCGCCGUGUAAUCUCCUGUGACAGUUGCCGUAGGCUCAAGUGCCGGUGCUUGGUCGAGGAUGGGCAUGAGAGUUGCAACAGGUGCCGGGCAUUGCAGCUCAAUUGUUCCAAAUCCACGGAUCAAAGUGGUUCUGCAUCUAAUCAUUCAUCGUUCUCAAACGACCUACAAGUUGAAUCAAGGUGUGCAUCCCUCCUCAUUUCGAACUCUAGCUGUUUGAUCGAGGCAGAUCCCUCCCUUCAGAUACACUUGACCAGGAAAUUACGGCGAAUCGAAGAGCGAAUGGUUCAAAUCAGCUCACCAAGGUAUCCAGAUUUUACUCCAGCUCCCGAUGUACAAAGUCCUGCUACUUCAAGUGGCCAUUUCUCUGCUGCAGGUACCAAUGUGGAAAGCCGAGAUGGCUCGCAGCAUGUUGGUCUUAUUGAUCAAAACGUUGCAUCCUGCCCUGCAGAGGUCAUCCGAAAAGUAAGCAAAGUAUUGAAUGGUGGCCAACGGAGAACAUUCGAUCGUAGCCAAGACCUGCUUUCCAUUGGCCUACUAGAUGAGCAAACUGCAAGUGAGGUUAUGCAAACCUUCAUAACACAAUGCCGGCAUAGUCUCUUCAUCCUUGAGGAACGAGACCUGGCAUCAGGGAGAGACCUUCGGGCCACCUCGCCUUUCUUACAUGCAGUAUGUUGUCUUCAUGGUAUUAAACAUUCGCAUUUUGAUGGAACGCCACUUCAUAGGCAAGUUUAUGAAGCGGUGCGACAGAUGCUCGGCGAUGCAAUGCUUGUUACGCCUCUGCCUAUUGAGGAGAUAACUGGCAUUUUACUAAUGGCGAUGUACGCUUCUUCGCCAACACGCGGACCAGAGUAUAUCGACAGUUGGUUACUCAGUGGGCAUUGCGCUCAGCAAGCAAUGCUUAGCAUCCACUUCUCUGACAUAUCAGAGAGAAUAGACUCUGGUCUUGCCACUUCCACCGAUCAAAGGGCGGUUAGGACGUGGGCGAUUAUUUGCCUUGUGAAUUUACACUGGGCUGCUAUCACCGGUCGUCCACCAACAAUCCCCGCGGCGUACCUUAUACAGAGCCAAUUACUUCUCAAUUUCGAACAAGCAACAAUGAGGGACGGCAUGCUUGUUUCAGAAGUGAAUCUAUUCAAAAUACUACACCAAAAUUUUGAAUCGAAUGACUUCUUGGACAAUAAUGGCAGUUCUACAUCACUCUGCACGUGGAAAGAAAAAUGGUCCUACUUAUUUGACCUUCCAACUUCUGGCGUUUUGCGUAUGAGCCACUCAAUUGCCUGGCUUCUAUUAACACGCCGGUCUCUUGAUGUCCAACGUCGCAACGGCGAUCUUAGCUCUUUUGUCAAUCUUGCCACGCAAGCUUCCCCAUUUACUCCAGAUUGUGCAAACAGCUCAUGUCAGGAGACAGAGGUCAUUCUAUACAAGUGGGCCUGUAGUGUCCUCCAUGACUUCCUCUCACUUACAAGCGCUUCUUAUCACGGUAUACCUGAGUUUUACCUCUUAAGCCUUGGAUACUCGUUGCUUGUGUUGGGCAAAUACGAUAAGAUUCCUGAUGGCCUCACUCCAAUCAAUGUUUAUGACAAACUCAAGUCGUUGGAACAAAAGUGUGAGAAAUCAAAGAGGGUAUCUUCAGCUGUAGAAUUCGCGCUGGAGAAAGCCCUAUCACGAGUGGCUACACUAUUAGACGUCAGCGCGGAGGGCUAG